CCCAGCCCGACACCGAGACCAAAGAAACCUCCCCUCUGUCGCCCAUGUCCAUCGCCAGCGAGCACCGUCUCAACGAACACAACGCCAACCACGCUCCCAUUCCGAUCCCUGCUGCUGCUGCGCCCGCACCCCCACAGACACGGAACCUGCGCAACUCGGUCUCGCUGCAGAACUUCAACGUCGGUAACCCUGACGCUGCUGCUCAGGCGACUUAUCAUCCGUAUAGGGCUCCUGGUUCAGGCGCUCAGUACGCUUCUGUUGGUGGUGGUGGUGGUGGUAAUCAUAAUGGAAGAGGUGGUGGAGGGAUGCAGUAUGGUCGUCCUGGAUCUGGACCUGGACCUACUGUUCCUAAUACGCCUCAUAUGCAGUAUGCUGGUGGAUGGAAUGGCUAUGGCUAUGGUAAUGGUAAUGGUGGUAAUGGUCAUGGGAUGUCGUGGUAUUAUGGACAGGAGCAGGGCCCGGCGUAUGGUGCAUGGUAGGAUCUGUUGGGUUACCUGUUGGGUUACCUGUUGGGAUGCCUAGGUGGGUUUGAUACUCAGUUUGUGCUUGGAAGGGUGGGAGGAUAUAUUGACAGGAUGAAGUAGGAGGACAGGACAAGAGGAUACGAUGGGACGAAAUUGGAGGAUAGGAUUACAGGAUCGAACAGGAGGAUUGAACAGGAGGAUUGACAGGAAAAUGGAAUAGGAGGACAGGAUAGAAGGUUGAAAUCGGACGAGAUAGGAGUAUGAUCGCAGGACAAGAUGAAAGGAGAAUAUGAU